AUGUCUUCGACUCUUCAAGAUAGUUCCCAUGAAUCAGAUAAUGGCGUGGUGGUAAAGGAUUCAGGCGAUGAAUCUGAUGCAAGUACUGGUGAAACUGGGAAUGAUAGUGAUGAUGAACCACCCGGACGUCGAGCAAAACGUCAACCACAAGUUGAACAAUCACCAGUUCAAAUAUUUACAGCACAAUCUAGACAUCAAUGGGCGACCUAUCUUUCCUUAGCUCGAUUACAAGUAUGCUAUACGCCCGGUGGAUCGCUCACGGUAGACGAACAGUUUAUUCCAACUCGUGGCCGAUGUAAUUUUCGUCAGUAUAUGACUAGUAAACCGGGGAAAUGUGCCCUGAAGACCUUUUGGUGUUGUGAUUCAAAUACAGCAUAUCCUUUGAAUAGUGAGGUUUAUCUAGGUCAUCACGCUGGAGCAACAGCAGCAGCUAAUGCAAAUCGAAUUCGUAAUUUGGUAAAACGAUUGGUACAUCCUUGGAUCAAUACAGGAGGAAUCAUUACUGCAGAUAACUAUUUUACCAGUGCAGAGUUGGCAAAGAAUCUUCUAGGUGUUCAAACAACUCUUGUAGGAACUAUUCGACAAAAUAAAAAGGAAAUUCCACGAGGGCUGCAACCGAAUGCACAACGUCUUGAACAAUCAUCGAUAUUUUCUUUUGAUCGACAGUUAACAUUAGUUAGUUAUGUGCCGAAAAAAUCUCAUGCUGUAAUUCCGCUGUCAUCUUUUCAUCAUGAUCAGACAAUUGUAGACGAUGCAAAGAAAAAGCGAGAAAUUAUCUUACAUUACAAUGACACAAAAGGUGGUGUCGAUCAUAUGAAUCAAAUGGUUCAAACUUAUUCCUGUAAACGAACGACAAAACGGUGGCCAAUAACGUUCUUUUUCAACAUACUUGACAUUGAUCCUCUUGCUGCUUUUCUAACGUCGACAACCAAAACUCCUCAAUGGAAUGAGAAGAAAAACUACCGUCGCCGUCUAUUUCUAAUAGAACUAGGUUAUGAUCUUAUUCAAUCGCAUUUGGACCGACGACGACAGCAACCACAUGCACUUCAGCAGACUGUUCGAAUAGCCAUACAAGCACUUGGACUCACUGUUACUACUUCACAUCCAACUAUUGUUUCAGCAUCUACUGGCAAGCAACGUUGUCAUCUUUGUCCAAGAGAACGUGAUCGAAAGGUUAAUACUCAUUGUUCAAAUACAUCGUAUAAUAGUCAUCAAUCAUCGUCGCGUAUUAUAAUUUUAAAUAUUGAAGAUACAAGAGGAGCUUCAUCAGGAACACAAACUUCCACCUGGUGUUUGAGAUUUCUCGUAGGUCUUCUCAUUGGUCUACUUCUCUUAACAGUCAUUCUUGUUCCAGUUUUGGUGACAGUUCUUAGAACAACGACAACAACAACCUUCACGACGACUACCACCACCACCACAACAACAACAACAACAACAACGACGACGACGACAACGACAACGACGACGACUACGACUACUACCACAACGACUACCACCACAUCAACUUCUACUACUUCGACGAGUACAUCGACGACCUCAACUACGUCCAGUGCUACAACGACGACAACUACGGCAACUGAAACAACCACUACAAUUACAGUUGUUCCGGGUUGA